GGCAAACCGUAAAGCCAUGCAUGCUUUAAGCUGUUGGAGAAGUCUGGGCACAUGCGCACGUACACAAGCUACGUCUGCGCUGCGUAGAUUAUCAAUUAUUAGACCCGCAUGUCAGGCAGGAGGUGAUGACCGGCCCUGUCCUGUGUACGUGUCCUGUUGUGUUGCCGAGCCUGUACAGCACAACUGCUACAAGACCAAGAUGGCAUCACUACGACCCACAACUUAUCGGCGGAUUUUGAAGCUUCUCCGCAACUUCAAUCGAAAUCCAACACCGUCAUCAUUUCAUAGAUCGUUAUCAUUAUCGCACAAUGUCUGCCAAGAGUUCCCUGAAGUAGGCGAGGACAAGCCCCUUUUCCCCGGAGCCAGCUCCACCUACACAGAGCAGCUCAGGUUCCUGGGAAGGGACGUCUAUGAGCCCAUUCCAGUCUACCGGGUGAUGAACAAGAUGGGCAAGAUCAUUGAGCCCAGCCAGGACCCGGGCCUUGACCAGGCGGUUGUGGAGAAGAUGUACAAGAACAUGACGACCCUCAAUGCCAUGGACAAAAUCAUGUACGAGUCACAGCGUCAGGGGAGAAUUUCCUUCUACAUGACAGCCUAUGGAGAGGAAGGCACACAUGUGGGCAGUGCAGCAGCACUGGAUGACAGAGACAUAAUAUAUGGCCAGUACAGAGAAGGAGGCGUAUUGCUCUGGCGAGGUUUCCCCAUGGAGAAAAUGAUGAAUCAGUGCUAUGGUAACAAGGAUGAUACUGGCAAAGGGAGACAGAUGCCCGUGCAUUAUGGAUCCAAGGAGCAUGGCUUCAUGGCCAUAUCCUCCCCUCUUGCCACGCAGAUGCCCCAUGCUGCUGGUGCUGCGUUUGCCCUGAAGCGGGCGGGGCUUGACAUCUGUACCGUCUGCUAUUUUGGUGAUGGAGCAGCCAGUGAGGGUGACGCCCAUGCAGCGCUGAACUUUGCCGCCACCUUAGACGCACCUUGUAUAUUUUUCUGCCGCAACAAUGGAUAUGCGAUAUCAACGCCAACGUCAGAGCAGUACAGAGGCGAUGGAAUUGCUUGCCGUGGUCCAGCCUAUGGCAUCACCAGUAUUCGAGUUGAUGGCAACGAUGUCUUUGCUGUCUAUAACGCCACAAAAGCUGCACGACAGAUAGCAGUCACCGAGAGCAAGCCGGUCCUGAUAGAGGCAAUGACAUACAGAAUUGGUCACCACAGCACCAGUGAUGACUCCUCGGCCUACCGGUCAGUGGAUGAGGUCAAAUACUGGGAUAGAGAGGGCCACCCAAUUGGCCGUCUCUACAACUACAUGCUUAGCAAGAACUGGUGGGAUGUGGACCGAGACAAGGCAUGGCUGGCGGAGGUUAAGAAGGAGAUCAUGCAGAACUUCCAGGCGGCCGAAAAACUCAAGAAGCCGUCACCGAGGUACAUGUUGACAGACGUUUUUGAUAAGUCCUCCAAGAGGCUCACCCGGCAAGCUGAGGAAGUGAAGCGACAUGUGGAGCAGUACAAGGAGCACUACCCCAUUGAUAAGUUUGAGGAUCUGUGAGUGAGAGAGACUGUGGCUCUCAAGGGACCGUGAUCAUGGAUCCAUCGUCAGGGACCCAGGAAUAUCAGACAGUUUUGCCCCCUUGCCACAAGGUCAAGAGGUCAGUGGGUACAGUUGACCUCUUUGUGAGUUGUCUGUUAAAGUUCUACUUGACACAUCCAAGAGUUUUCAGAGAAGAAAGUUUUGCCCGGCAAGAAUCAGUUUUCUCUACAGAGAUCUUGGUUUGCCAGAAAUACUUUAAAGAUGAAAUGGACAUCAAACUUGAUGGUCUUGUUAGUUUUUGAAAAUGGGCUGUGUUUUUCAUUUGUUUUAACCAGUUGGGUAUUUUAAAUUUUGUCCAGGGAUUGUAUACAGAUAGCUGCUUAUGGAAUUUGUUUGCAACUUUCUACCAAAACUGAUUAAUCAGCGACAACUGAUUAAUUGAAUCCAACUACAUUUACAAGGUGUUUCUGUUUGAAUAAGAAAUUUGGUGAAAAUUGACCUGCAGUUUUUCUGAACUACCUCCUCAUGAAAUACUUGAACCCAGGUGCAAUGUGCACACCAGUACAUGCCCUUGCACACAAAUAUAACGCCGUUGGUCACGUGUAUAGUUCUUUGGUUGCUACGGGUGCAGUUCUUUUGGCCAUGAAAAGCAAGAUAGCAAAACAGCAUGUGCCAUGUGACUGGCUCUCGGCCUGUCAAAAGACUGAAUCUUUGGGUGAGGUGUUAUCAUAGUUACUGGCUGCCAUUCCUGCAGGAAAUAAAUUGUACAUUUUGUAACCGAAUUGUCAUCAGUUCACAGGGUUGCUGGUGUUGUUAUCUGCUAGUAUCUUCUAACUCUGAAAGGGUAAUGGCAAAUUAUGUACAUGUAUUAAAUGAUCUUUGUAAGAAUCCCAGCUUUGAAAGGUGUAAUGGGUAGGAAACAGUGGAAAAUGUAAUGUGAGGGAGGAGGGAGGGGCAUCUUGCCCCCUCCCCAGAAUUUGCCCCUUUUUGCUGUUCUCAGAAUUUAAAGAGCCAACAUUACAAAAAUAUUCCUACACUGUAGCUCACAUUUUCCUACAUAGCUUACAAAAACGUCUCCAGACAAUAAUUGGCACCUCUUUUUUAGAGACUAAUUCCACACGAUGGGGACUAAUCCUAGGUGUACCACUGUUAGGGAAUACAUUUGAGAAUGCCACUGUUCAUCAGGAAAUGUCUUGCAUGGCUUUAUUGCGUGUUAGCUUUUCGACCUUUUAUCAUGUAUUGUAAUUAAAUCUGUAAAAAGGGUUGUAAGUUACUUCCUGUUCUUCUGAUCUCAAGUGCACAGGCUGGUCCGCUAGGGGAAAUAUCAUUGUUGUUAGUCACGUCUUCCACAAGGCCCUGCAAGUCUAAGCGGUCCAAAUGAACUGGGACAAACAAUUAAUGGCAUUUUGUUAGAAUCACAGCUUGGAAAGGUAUAAUUGUGGGCAGAGAACAGUGGGUUAUCCAGCAGGACUCCCCUGAUAAAAUUUCAACCUGUCUGGGGGUAAAAUUCAAAUGAACUGUGAAUGAGGCAGCUCAAUGAAACUGGUGUCUUUAGACUUGCGACUUGACCUCACGUCUCCUUGUUUCUGUGUGCACUGCGCUUGCUGUCUUUCCUGAAGUCAGAUUGGCUUUAAUACUUUUUAAAGGGUUCAUGCUAUGAAUUUUCUUAGGUGCACUGUUUUGUGCAAUACCAAACUCUGUGUCUGAAAACUACUUGACACCCUUUGGAUGUUUAUUGAAAGUGUUUUUUUUCUACAUAUUAAUUUGUCCAUGCUUUCUGGACAACUUAGGGGAUUAAUGCUGUGACAUCAUUCACGGGUGACAAUGCUUAUGUGUUACCCGUUCUGUUGAAAUUGUGAAUCCAGUUUUUGCUCAUUUGAAAUCUUUUCCAAGAAAUGCUUGCUCAUUGCUGUAUUUCCAUGUAUUUACGAAGCAAUGAAUCACCACCCCCCAAAAAAAAUUUACGAUGGAAAAAUCUGAAAAAUUCGCACAGUUUUGGCAACAUUGGGGUUUCUCCCUGGAAUGAUACCACAGUUUUGCUAAUGAAUACAUGUAUUUGAAUUUUCAUUAGUGUAAAAUCAAAAAGGCACCAGAAUACCUCUGAAAAAAGCGAGGCAGAAAAAUUGAAAAUAAGGUUCAUUGAAACACCAAGAUGCAUUUUGAAGGAGUGCAGAACAAUUGCAUUGCAUUUGUGUAAAUCAGGAACACAGUGCUUGUCCACACAUGGAUAUGUGAACCCAAUUUGUAUGCAGAAAUCAACACACUGGGUCAUUGUCAGACUGUAAAUCUGAAUUAGGAGACAUACUGGAGGUUGAGUUCAGACGUUUUUGACCUCUGAUACUAUUUGUAUAUAUGCAAUUGUUUAGGUUGGCUUUACCUUGGAGGUACAUGAUUUGCAUGUGAUCAGUAUUAUCCUAAUACCCAAUCAAGAACAAUAUCUCAAACAGCUGUAUAAUAGGCUGUGUAUUGCCUGAAAGACCCCUGUACAUACACAUGCAUUUUGAAGUCGAUUGUGAAGCUCUAUCUAUUUCUUACUGACUGACGUGUCUUGUGGAGCCAAGGUUCUGUUUUCCCCUUACAACUUCAUCCCAUUGAGCUAUAUUUUAUGCUGGGUAACAAACUUUAGGCUAUUGGUUAAGCAGUAUUGAUUCAAGAUACUUUUGGAACAUUAAUUGAAAGCAUUAUUCAGUUCUUUUUAUUUCCACCAACCAAUUUUUUUGGGGGGUCUCUUUUUCAGUUUUGCUUGUAUAAAUUUGCCAGCCUGUUGUCUUCGGUCUCUCUUUCCCCCAACUACACCACUGAAUGUCGCUAUCCUAGAAGCAAUUUCUUUCUUUCAAAUUUCUGCAGGGAAAUUGUGAAGUUUAAUAUUCUUUGUAGGGAAACAUUCACUGGUGCCAAAAUGGUAAAUGAUGAUAUAUAAAUGUAAUCCCUUUUGGCUUAUGCUUAGCCCUGAUUAAAUCCUUCCUUUAAAGUUGUCAUAAAUAAACAUGUAAGUAAAAAUAAAACCUGUGUCUAACCAUAA